CAUCACAGCCCAAAACACCUGUCGGUAAUGGCGUCUACUACAUCAAGCGAGAUGGGGAGUGAGCGUCUUGUGCUUAUUGAUAAACGGACUGAAUCUAUCGCCUACAACAUCACCGGGAGCUAGGGUCUACCAUCACUUUAAAGCGAUACAUAACUAAAACCCAAACACGUUUGGAUAAAUACCUACCCAAACAACGACCAAUGUGGAAUUGUGAGAAACAAAGUCGUGACGCACAGUUUACGUGCGCGUUUACGUUUAGGAAUACCGCGCUGUUGUUUGCUCGACUUGAGGAAGAGUUCACUAGACGUGACCCGUCUCAUACUUGCAUUAGGAUCGAAAAUUUCUGCUGAUAUGCCCUUUUUUGUCUCAAAUACGGCAUUAUCAAGAGAGCGAUAUGGAGAUGUGGGAAUGCCUCCAGUUAUUUGGGGCAAAAGGGACAUUUACCCAGCAAACUCGAAAUGUUUUGGGAACCAAACACUGCUAAUUGCAUGUGGCUAUCCUUUGGGCCUACAGAGAAGGACAAGGAGGAAGUCUGUGAAUUUUGAGUGCAACCCCGCCAUGUCGACAUCCGGCGCUCUGACAGGAUACUACGUUGACUCGCUUAUUCUACCGGAGAACGAGGAGACUCGCUUCUCCUCUGGCUCAGCGCUCAUCCCGCACACCAGGCCCUCUGUUAUACCCACAGACCACACAGAGCUCGGUCCCGGCACAUUUCCAUCAAAGCAACCUGUGUAUGGUGGCGCAGGUUGGGGCCACAUCCAAACGCAUUUUUCCAGUGGUGUGCCUCUAGUGUACCAGCCGCAUACGCAUCCUCCUGUAGUUGGGGAUUACGUGCAGUCUUGGCUGCUGGACUCGGCUUGUGGACUGCCUCUCACUGAACCACCAGUGGUCCACAAUAACUACCAUUCCAAACCUGUAACACAGACAAAUUACGAUGGGGCACAGGCCAGUUCGCAUGGUGUGCCUUCUUCUGUGGACUUCACUAACGGUGGAUGUCCUGCCGAGAUAGAGACGGUGUCUGGGCAGGUUGCUGAAAGGGACUCCGAGAUUGAAGAGAAACCGGUCAUUGAUCCAGACAACCCUGUGUCCAACUGGCUUCACGCGAGCUCUUCGCGUAAAAAACGAUGCCCUUAUACUAAGCACCAGAUCCUCGAGCUGGAGAAAGAGUUUUUAUUUAACACUUACCUUACGCGCGACCGCAGGUACGAGGUCGCCCGUCUUCUGAACCUUACGGAGAGGCAGGUCAAGAUUUGGUUCCAAAACCGCAGGAUGAAGAGGAAAAAAUUUAACAAGGACGGAACGAAGGACGACCGAGAGUAAAACUCUUCGUGUAGGUGAGGAUGAGGAACGAUCCAUCCAUUUGCUGGGAUUAUGUCGUUGGGAUUUUACAAAUACUUGUGCCAUUCCAUUGUUUUAAAGCAUGCAAGGGUCUAGUCUUUGGAUUGGGCUAAAUUACUGUCAUAUGUGAUUCUUGCUGAUUUAAAUAUUCGUUCAAUCACAGCCAUUCUACAAGAUCUGUAUUUUAUUUGAUCCCAAUUUUAUUAGAAAUGACUAUGGAGCUAUGAUAUUCCACUUAGAUUGUAGUCUAGCAUACCAGUAUGUGUUUCGGACGUCUUAUUCGUAGUUUUCUUAUGUUUUUUAAGUAGUUUCUUAUUUUUUUCCCUGUGGGGUAGACUGGGCCUAUAUGUUUAUGUAAAGUUUAUACACGUAGGUGUAUAUGUGGCCACGGCCAUUUUUACAGUCAUGACAAAAUCUAACAAAUGAUAAAUUAUGACAAAUAGUAUAAUACUUUGCGUAAAAUAACACUACCUAUAUAUUACAUUUUAAGUCGUUAAAAAUAUUCACGCCACAUCAGCCGAUAUAAUGGCGUUAAGUGCGUUGUUAACAAACAGGGACAAGUUAAAAUAGUUAUGAAACUGUAGACAUAG